GAGUGGUUUGCGUACACUUUCGGCGUUUCGAGGCGUCCGUCCUCGAUGUUGCCAGCCAGAGGUUUCUGCAUGUCUUUUAUUCAACUGCGUGCGGCGAUAAAUCAGUGUGCCAAAUGUCGUACCACAUCCCAUACGUGCUAAACUACUACGUGCCUAGUCUUAAUCGUUACCGCUGAGUGCGGUCGCAGUACCGUGCUGGCCGUGUUGCCGUAUCGGACUUCGUGGGAAAGUGUUCCGCUGUCACUUGUCGCAUUGCUAUACUUGCGAGCUGAGUAUGACUCUUCGUCUCGGAUUUCCUCUGGUUUAAGGAAAAUACGAGGUUUCUCGACCACUUGAACCAAGCCAUGUUUCACCAUGAUUUCCAGCAUAAGUUCCGCAUGUGGCCUCUGAAGUGUCCCAGGGAUUCUGGCAUCCCAAUUUACUCCCGUGGGGCAUGGUUGUUGCUCCUGUGGCCACCCCAGACGGGCAAGGAAGGUGAUGGGCGUUGCUACGAAAGAGAGGCGGCCCCCCGGAUGCCCCCAUGCAAGCCCCUGGGCACCACUGUAGGGCACACAGGGGACGUCAUGGGGGUGGGUGCGUCAUCUCCAGACCCUCCCCAGAUUCCUCCCGAGAUGGGGCGGAAGAAGAGGGGAGUGGCACCGCUGCUGACGCUGCGGAAACGUCUGGCACGCCGCCGGUGGAGAGCCAGCAAGGGUUUUGAUCACGCACAAGUCUUUAAUGACUUCCUCAACUCGGCUGGCUGGACUGUGCGAGAGGUGGCAGCACUAGUACAUGAGUACGAAGCCACCGCUGCCCUGAGAGAGCUGACAGCACAAGCCGAUGCUGCCAGACCCCCUGCAAGAUCCUGUCGGGCUGACCUGGGGCGCCUGCUGGAGUCCCGACUGUGUGCCGACGUGACGCUUGCUUACCGAGGCACUGCGUUUCCAGCCCACCGUGCCUUGCUCUCGGCACGUUGCCCUUUUUUUAGGGACCUGCUGUCGGAAGCUGGAGGAGGACCACGGCAACAAAUGAUGGUGGUGGAGAUGGACAUUCCAGGCGUUGGGGUGGAGCUGUUUGGGGACCUGCUGCGAUACCUAUACACAGGCGAGCUCAGUGUGGCCGGGGAGGCCGGCAGCAGCGCCGCCCUCUCGACAUUGCUACGCUUGAGCGAGCAGUUUGGAGUGCCAAACCCAUUGGCGCAUGACCUUCGGAGGAUGCUCGAAGGGGGACACCUGGCGGACACCAGCCUGGUGUGGGAGGUGCCAGGCAGCGGAGGGGGCACAGAGCAGGAGGCUGAGUUUCCUUGCCACAGGGCAGUGCUGGCGGCACGGUGCCCCUUCUUCCGUGGCGUGAUCCAGCGACGGACCACCACCGCUAGUGGCAGCGGUGCAGUGUGUGAUGUGGGAGGGACCACGCCUGGCGGUCGCAUGCGUGUAGUCCUUGACGCCGGUGUGGUUCCCGUUCGGCAUGCACGCGUCCUGCUCUGGGCUCUGUAUCAGGACACAGUGGACUUGUCCAUGCUGCCUUGUUCAUCUGGCGGAUCGUUGGCCGACGAGUUCAUGGAACUCUAUCAGGUGGCACGGCUCAUCGAGGUGGACUCGCUUGCUCAGGCCUGCGAGGAUGCCCUGGUGGAACUGCUGGGCCCGGACACCCUGUGCGGAGUGUUGCAGUGGAGCGAGCAGCCGCACGGUUCGCCCUGGGUGCACCGGCAGGCCAUGGCCUUCCUGGCCGAGGAGUUCUCGGCACUGGCAGUCACCCCACUGCUCUUCCAACUCACCAAAGGCCAGCUGCUCACCCUGUUGCAGUCGGAUUGUCUGCAGGCAAGUGAGUUGGAGAUCCUGGUGGCUGUACUCAAGUGGGGAGAGCAGCAGUUGCUCAAGAGGAUGGAAGAAAGAGAGCCCAACAUAGUGAGCCAGACAGCACACAGCGUUGCCAGGCGUGGUGCCCGCAGCCGGCGCGACCUACUGAGUGACGGUGAACUGCGAGACUUGCUCUCUGAGCUGCUGUGCCAUGUGCGGACAGCGCACGUGCUUCCCCCGGCUGCGGAUGCUCUGCUGUCGGCCCAGAGGCGAGGCCUUUUUCCCCGCCCACCACCAUGUAUGCUGGGAGGGGAGGAGGCCCCGCCCUCCAGAGGAGCUGCUUCCUGGUUGGCAGGCCCUCGGCCUCGCCUCUUUGCUCCUUAUGUGGAAGAGGCUAAGGCCUGGCUGGAAGAUCAGCUCUCCCAGGAGCAAGCAUUGGGACCUGUGUCACCGAGCCCGUGGCCCCCACACCUGUCGCACAUUCCAGACACACUCUACAUGGUGGACAAGGGGGCUGCGGGGGGUUUCCGAGAGGCUUGUCCCUGUGUCCCUCAUGGAGUUGCCCCUGUACCAGCUGUGCGGCUGCCCGAUCCUUCACUGCCAGUACUGAGUGAAGAGCUGCUACGGCAGAUGCGGCAGCGGGAGCAGGAGUUGCGCCAGGGGGCGGCCCGCGCCUACUCGCUGGGGGCCAAUCGCUGUGCCAUCAGCCACCAGUUGCAGCUGCGCGUGGUGCGGGAGGCAGGGCUUCCCGACCAGGCUGCCACCUUGCUCGCUCAGGCCCCGCCUCCAAAUGAGGACUGGACCCCCGCAUCUAUGACACAAGACCCCCUGGACCUCAUGGUGGCGAGGCCUGCCACUUCGGCUCGAGCUCCACCAAACCCCAUCUUGGUCCCGCCUUCACGAGCGCCGCCUCGGCGCUUGGCUCCGCCCUCCGACCUCAGGCUUCACAGGCAACCGCACCUGGGGAGGAGGGCACUGCGAUUGGCUGAGCUGCAGAGUGAGAACAGCAAUCUCAGCAAGAUGAUCCCAGACAUCGCCAUGGCGACAGCGACCCUCGAGCACCUGGACCUAGCUGAGUCUGACAAGGACAACUAUGGCUGUGAGGCUGAUGACCUGUCCCCCGUACACAUGCUUGUCUGACCCCUGCCACAGCCGCGACGCCGGCACAUCAGUCUCCCGUCGCAGCAGCAGCAUCAACUUCUGCACCCCUCGCCACUCUGUGUGCAGCCAUUAUGCUCCUUGGGCGGCCAGUGUGCGCACCCUCGUGAACAACGAUUUCUGUCAUCGGCCACAUCAUCUAAGCCGUCUUAUGUGUUCAACAACCCUCCCGGACUACUGUUGCCAACGUCCCGGUGGCCCCUUGUACAGUCUCGUGAUGACAGCUUUGAGGAACUAGAGAGACACACCUCAUCGUCGUGGCGUGUCAGGGACAGCUUUUCUUCAUUGGGACGUCGUCCACUGCCCGUGCGUUCGCAGAGACCAUGGUUUGCAUCUGGUGUACAUGACCCUUCUUCCAGAGCCAGGAGACACUGACCUGAGAGAUACAGCAGCUGCCUCUCUGAAGCUGAUCGCAAGAGGAACAGUGUGACAAUGCGAUUUAUGGGACGCUCUUUGUUUGUUAAAACUGUUAUAGCUCGACAGCAAUUCUUUUCUUUCCAUCUGCUAUUUAUUUAUGAUUCAGUCUUCCACUGCUCUUCAGACACAGUGUGGUGUGUAAAGUUUAAAUAAGUACCUUGUUGAUUGCCAGUUAGAAACUCUGUGUUGUCCCAAGAGGUUAUGUAAGCAAUGCUGGCACGAAAGCUCUGGAUUUAGGUUCUGCCAUGUGCAAGGAUGCUUGUACAAAGAAGUCCAAUCCAAAAGAUAUUUGUGUUCAAGCUUGAAUUUUUUUAGGAUAAGCUGUACAAAGUUAUUUUGGAUGUGACGAUGGCUGUCAUUUUUUAAAUGAUUUCUUUGAUAUGCGAGAUUAUCUAGCAAGUAUGCCUUUUAAUACCUUUUUUUUGUUACAGUAGAUUUGUUUUGACACAAACAUGAGGUGCAUUGGAAAUCUUGUUGCCUGAUCAAGCGUUCAGAGGAGGCUUUACUUCAAGAGCUCAUAUCUAAUCUAUACAGUACAGUUAAACCUCGUUAUAGCAAAGUCAGAUUCAUCAUAACUAUACCUUUGUUAUAUGCAAUAGUUGUUAUCAGCACACAAUAAAAAAAGUUGCAAUCAGGUCUCUUAGAAAGAAAUGCAAGUUUGAUGCCUCCCACAGGCCAGCAAAUGGCCUCAAGUAAAUUUUGAUAGCCCUUUAGUGGCUUGCCAGGUGAUAUGUGGCAAGGGAACCACAGGAAAUUGUAUAUGUGCACCUUGACACAACCAUGUGAUCAGUGUGAUCACAUGAGAUCAGCGCAUUAGCCUGCGAGCUGCAGCCAAGCCAAGCCGCUUGGCGAAAUUUGAAGCAUGCAUGUCCAAAAUGUGCAGUUUCAUAUUGCUCUUGUUGAAUAGCCGACCGCUGAGUUUUUGGACACAAUGGGGUCCUCAACUUUGCUACCAAGGUGACUACCUAGCGAUUUGCUACCAAGUCUGGCUCAUAGAUCUCCCUUGAUCACCAAUGAGGUCUCCAAGUACUAACACAUUGACGAGCUUCUCGUGACGACUUGUCACCAGCCAUUUCACCGUCUGUCAGCAAAUUUUCAUUAAAGCUGUAGUACUCCUAAGUUGCUAGGCCUAAACAGCGCCGCUUUAUCGAGGGCCUGCGACCAAAUUUUCAGUUUGGUGCUGAGUCGAUGUGGUGGCAACUUUGUCCACGGCUGUUCUGCUUAUGACAUUGCGUGCGCAGAUAAUGGAAAAAUUGAGCAGCACAUUGUGCAAUGUCCAUAAUUUUGGUUGCCUUAAUACAACUGGUUCUGGGUGGGGAAGCCACAAGGAAGUCCGAAUAAUUGCACUGGUUAGAAAAACUGGCUGCCUGAAAAAUUGGUUGGUCACUGUACUUGACAUUUUGGCUACUAGAAUACAUAUUUUGAGCUGAAUGCAGACAAAAAUUUGCUUUUGAAUAACCAAUACCAUGUUUGAUGCUGCAUUUAUGGUUUCGUUACAGCAGGACCCCAUUGAAGUAAAGCAUGACCAACCAAAAUUUACAUUUACUUCAUUAUCAAUAAUUUGUUAUAUAUCCAAGUUCAUUGUACGAAGGUUUGUCUGUGUGUGUGUUUAUGGAGACAUCAUCUUGCUCAGCUUCCACUGAACCAAUUUUGGACAAGAUAUAUUGCAUUCGACAGAGAAUGUCCAAAUACUGACUUUUGGGAGCAGAUUUAUACAGGCCUUCACUUAUUUAACAAAAUUAUGUGAAACAUCUGAAAAUUUCAAGAGAAACAUUGUUACAUUUAUGACCCUGCAACUCUGCUAUGAAAACAUAUAUCACAAUAUUAUUAUUUUGUCAGAUUCAAUGCUGACAAAAUUGAUGUUUGGCAUUGCAAUGUAUUAUAUCACUGGUUUGUGAAAGGAACUUCUCUCUAACCCUUGAAAAUGAUGGAAUGCGUCCAUGUAUUUCCAGACAGUUAUUAUUGUCUGACUCUGACGAACUUUACAGAAUUGUGACAUACAGUAGAACCUCGUUCAUACGUUUAAAAAAAAAUGUGAGAAAGAACAUACUAACCGGAAAAACGUACGAUCCGAAGUAGCUAAACAAAUUUUACAGACUAAACUAUUGUUAACAUCUCUAUAAAGCGAAGCGUCGCGCCGAUUGCUGCGGCUCGGCUCGAGACGCCGAUGUGCGUCGAGCUGGUGCUGCUCUGGCAGCCCGAGACGCGUGUUCUUGUUUCCCAAUUGCGUGGUGUUUUAAGGGGGCAACGGGAAACCGAGAGGAAAUCGAGCUGGUGGGCGAUGCCGAAUGCCGCCAUAGCGAAAUGCGAUUACAACAUCGUGCAGCCUGCAGCAGGAAACUGCAGCUCGUUUGGCUCGUUUAGAUUGUCGCCUACUAGAAGCGUGCAGUGCACUACCAGUGGCACUACACACCACGCGCUGUAAAACAGAUAGGCGAAGAUGCAUAUCGCAGUAGGUUUGGUGGCGACAGCUGUGAAUGCGGUGUGCAAUGACUCGGGUGGUGAUAAUUUUGCUAGUAGCGGUUUAAAAAAAUGUGUGCACCAUCGCUUUCGCGUGAGACGGGUGGCUAUAUGCUGUUCUCGAUAGCACAUGCCUCGCGCCUUUUCUUGUUCACAUGGGAUCUAGCGGCCGGAAAACUUAUACGAUCACAGUCUGCAGCAGGGAACGGCGGCGCGUUUCGGUUAUCGUGUGAUAUGCUUUUGAGGGCACCAUGCGCUGUGAAACAGAUAGGUGAAGAUGCUUAUCUCAAUAUAAUAGGCGGUGAUAGCUGUGGAUGCGGAGUGCGACUACCUGGGCAGAGAUUUGCUGGGACAGAAAUGGGAAACUGAGCGCGCGCUGGCAUUUUCAUGUGAGAUGGGUGGGCGAGUAUUGCGGUGAAGCUACUGCGGCGGGCAGCUAUAUACUGUUCUCGAUCGCGCGAGCCUCGUGCAUUUUCUUGUUUACAUGGGAUCUAGCGAGCGGAAAACGUAUCAUACGAUCACAGUUUGGCAAUGUACUGAACGUUGGUGCUGAAAAAUUGUGUUUUCCGGGAACGUAUAAACUGGCAAAAAUUAGCGUAAUUCUAUUGGGUCAUUUUUUGUGUUCUUAAUCGGGAAUGUUGACUCCGGGGAAAUGUACGUAACGGGAAUGUAUCAAUGAGGUUCUACUGUAUAUGUCUUUGAUGUAAAGUUGCACUUGGCAGUAGAAUAUUGUUUUUAUUUUUAACUCUUUCGUGCCAUCUUUUUUUACAUUACAGGCCCUAAGUCCAGUUCUGCUUCCAACAGUCGAUGUAACUUCAGCUUUUCUUUUACAACAAAUUUUAUUCAUAUCAAUUCAGCAGUUGCCUUUAUUAGAGCAUUUUAUAUGUAAUAUAAUCAGAAAGUUGGAGUUGUCCUCAAGCUAAGCUUCGUCGUAAAAGCAGUUUGAACUAGCUCAGCUGAUCAUCGGUUAACUCUGCUCAGCAAAGAUGUUUUACAACUGCGUGAACAAACGACCACAGAGAGAGAGCACACAAGGACAGGUGCCGACUCGCAACUAAUCUUUAUUCCACAAAGACCACAUACAAUUAGGAAUAAAGUGAGUGGGACCAUACCUUCCUACCUACUGCUUGGCGUGCCCAUAUAAGCCGAUCCUGAAAGAAGUGAUUUUGUGCCGGUGCCGAGAUAGCCGAGCGAGAGAGUUACGCAAGGCGUAUCUUAUAAGAAAGACUUAUAAGAAAGAAGGGACAUGAUUUUGUCAGCGACACCUCAGUUUAUCUGCACAACAAUGAGUUGAGGUUUAUUGAUGAAUGUAGUUAAGUUGCGUGUUGCUUGCACAGAAAGGUUUUUUUGGUGACUGUGCUUUUUCCGUGCACGCACAGUGGUAUAUUUCUGGGAUGUACUUAUAUGUGGUCUUUGUGGAAUAAAGGUUAGUUGCAAGUCUGCGCCUGUCCUUGUGUGCUCUUUCUGUGGUCGUUCGUUUGCACAGUUAUAACACUGCUUACUAAUAUGCACCAACUCGCCCAACAACAAGUUCUUCUAAGUUAACAAAGUGAUUCUUAGAGUGAGAUUACUGUAUUCGCAGAAAAAAUUGUCAUGCUGGCAGGAUGUCCUUGUAAUGACCAUGACUGCAUUUCGGUCAGCAACUUUUCAAAAAUCUUUUGCCGCUUAUAUUUGGAUUCUUAGUCCUUUUGUGCACAGCGAAUGCAUUUGAAGAGAACUAUUUCACUCUUCCUUGUUCGAACACAUAGGACAUGCAGGAAUUCUCACCUUGGGAUUGAGUGACUGUUUCAUUGAUUUCUUGUUUCAUUGAACACAUUCCGAAGCUACACUCGGGCUAUAAUAAAUUAAUAGCAAUCGCCAGGGUUUCUUUAAUGUGCACUUAAGCUCACGAGCAUUUUUUUGGCCCCCAUCGAAAUGUGGCCACUGAACCACUUAACAGUUUUUGCCUAAUACAGCAGCUAAAUGAACUUGAAUGAAUUCUUUUUUUUUUUUGCGUAUAAUAGAAAAAGCCAUAUUCUGUGACUCAUCAUCAUCAUCAGCCUAUUUUAUGUUCACUGCAGGACGAAGGCCUCUCCCUGCGAUUUCCAAUUACCCCUGUCCUGCGCCAACCGAUUCCAACUUGCACCUGUGAAUUUCCUAAUUUCAUCGCCUUACCUAGUUUCCUGCCAUCCUCGACUGCAUUUCCCUUCUCCUGGCACCUAUUCUGCAACUCUAAUGGUCCACUGGCCAUCUAACCUAUGCAUUACAUGGCCUGCCCACCUCCAUAUUUUUCUGUUAAUGUCAAUUAGAAUAUCGGCUAUCCCCAUUUGCUCUCUGAUCCACACCGCUCUCUUCCUGUCUCUUAACGUUACACCUAACAUUCUUCAUUCUAUCGCUGUUGCGAGCCAAAUUUUUUUAUAGGUCCUCAAUUUUUUAAACCCCCCACAAUUUUUAAAAGAAAACUAAUACAGAAAAUUGCAAAAGAAGACAUAAGUUUUGUGUUUAGGCGAUUCCUUAACUCUGCAAAAACACAGACAUAACGACUCUAUAAACUGAAGAUGACGGAGCACACGAUUGUGAACAAAUUUUUUAUACAAAUUUGGUAUGCACGUAAUGGGCAUAAAUUGUUUAACUGAGUUUUCUAGAAAGUGAUCUUCAUGAAGCAGUGGUAUUUUCUAGAGGUACAUGCAGUGUACAAUUUUGUCUCAUCUGUAAUGCUCUAAAAAAAAGUCUGUUCACAGAAUUGCUGUAAUUCUUUUUUAGUGUUUAAGGACACUAAAGAAAUGAAGACUUGCCAGAAAAAUUGAUUUUUUUUUUUUUAUGUAGACGAUUCCUAGACCAGGAAGAACGUUUGUCAGAAAUAUGAAUUACACUUUAGCAAAGGUGGCCUUCACUGCACUCAAAUGAGUCUUCCUGUGCAAAUUAUUCUGACGAUCGUGUAAAGCAAGACCACGUGAAAAAUUUCUGUCAAGGAGGUUAAGUUUAGUAGGAAAAAGAUUUUUUAUAUGAGGAUGGGCUUCACUGUGUACGAGUGAAUCUGUGCUCUCAACUUCUUUCUUCAACAACUUCUAGCGCCAUCAGAUGUUAUUUGUGACAAGUGCACCACCUGAGAGAAGUGAAGACUCCACUUGUUGCCUGUCCUGAAAGGGUUAACUGAUGAGCUACAGGAUGGGAAACUACAUUGCAUUUUUUUUCUACACGCUUUUUGAGGGCAUAAAUGCAAAAUCUACUUUGAAAGGUCAGUUUAAUACUCUUUGUUUAUUUAUUGGGAAAAAACUUCACUUGAUACUGUUAGCUGUAGAAAAACAGGAGUAUUUUUGUUUUAAGUGUAUGUGAAUUGGGGUAGCUAUAGCGUCCUCCUGACCUGCAGGCUUUCCUGGAAAACCUUAGCUGUGUUUCAUAGCAUUGGAGGCAACAAUGUGCACUGUUUAAAGGAACAGCUAACAAGUGAUAAAGGCAGUACAACUGGGAUGUUUCUUUGUUUUUGUCAGAAAGAAGUAACUGGGUUAAUCAAUUCGUACAUCUUAAGUUGGCCUGUUUUGUACAUCAAAAAUUAUUCUGGGUGCCUUUACACCACAUUUCACUAGCUGCGUGUUCCCUUUGACGGCGGAUUGUACUGAACAAUCUUUGUGCAAGAUCACAAACCUUAAAGGAGCUGUUAAACACUGUUUGAACAUAUUAAAGCUAGGCUUCUGUCAACAUGUAAGCCAAAUAUUAUUGCUCUGCAUGCAGGAGGGAAUUUACAAAUCUCGUGCACAACACAGUCUCUCGCUCUCUCCUUCACAAUGUCAUCAUGCAGCUACGUUGCAACAGCCAAGCCCACCAGCAAUUAUUGACAAAUUUCAUGAUCAUGAGAACAUUCUCGGUAAUACUAUUGCUGCUCAUUUCGAGUUAAUUAUGGCAUGCAGCAAACUUUGUAUAAUAAAUCACACAGUAAAUAUGUUUUGAUUGAAACUCUACCACACAAGUGUACAGGGUGUCCCACAUAACUUGAGCCAAGUAUUUAAAAAUGAAAAGCGCGUCGGGAGUGAAUUGAACCACACGCAUACUAUUCGCAAUAGCCUAUACUAACUCAAUUUUUUUCUUCAUAACUCACUAAGUAAUAAUUAAGUUUAAUUACCCAACAUUUUAAUUAUUGACUGAGCACCCCAAGUAUGAAACGCAGAUUUGUAGAGCAUCUUCAGAAACCACCGAUCGAGUUGGUUCCUUUACGAUAUGUCUCAUGUUGUCCUUUUUUGGGGGGGUUGCAAAGAAAGCCCGCAAAAUAUGAAAGAAGCCACUUGACGAAGUGCUUGCACAAUGGUAUCGUGCUGCUCUCAAGCAUGCGUCCGGUGAACAAGGUCGGCUCCCAUCGGAUCACGGUGAAAAUGCAUGCUGCUGGCCGAGCGCUGCGGAUGAGAUAAAGAACGCCCUGCCACUUACUCGUCGCCAGUCUCCACUCGCCAGUUUCAAUGUCUGUCUUUGUUGUGAAGUUAUGAAGUUGUAAAGCAAGGGCUUUGUUUCGUUUGAAAUGUUCUGUUUUUACAAUUAUCAUUAAAAAAUUUGAAGACUUAAAUCAAAAUUCUGCUUGCUACAGAAUUUAGCUUCCUCUCUCAAAUACAACCAAUGUUAUUCAAAUCGGUUCAUUGGUUGUGUAACAAGAGCAUUUCUGUGUUUUGAUUGUAUUUGAUUAUAGUGAAACUGCGGUUGGUCUUGGGCGUCUUUAUAAAAAAAGUUCUUGUUUUGGCCUGCUUGCGUGCACUCAACUAAUGCAACAUCACAUUUUACUGGGCACAUCCAAACACUUCUGCGAAGCUUAUCAUAAGAAUAAACUUGCUUUUGUAGUAUUAAGAAAGAUGGAAUAAUGCUGCUCACAUCUCUUGUCCUUGUAACACAGGGUCAUUGUUAUUUACAUGACCGUCAGAGUGCUAUAAAAUUACCCAUUGAAUAUGCCAUCACUGUGCUUACUACAGUACAUAAGUAGAAGACAAUUAUGCUUCUCGUCUGCUUUAUAACCUUGUAAGCCCUGUUUCUUUCAUUACUUCAGCACUGCUAAUAUAUUUUCUUUCUGUAUAAGCUAGCUUGAAACUAUAUUGUGCUAUGUAUCCUAAAUUCGUUAAAACAUCUCAUCUGUCACGACUCAUAAAAAUCUAGAGUUCCCAUUUCAAUAAGUUUGGAGUUAAAGAUUGUUAGGCCUACUUUCAGACAAAGCCCAGUCGUUUUCCUGAGGCAUUGCGAAUGCUGUACAUAAACAAAACAUGCAGUGUGCAACUGAACUUUAUUGUUUAAGAACAUUCCCUAAACACUAAGUUUGCAUUUCUAUGCAUCACUGUUUAUCACCUGAUAUGGCAUCUGUUUCUGGUUUACUGGAGCAUGACGAUGUAUUGACAUUUUCUUUUCCCAUUGGGGAGCAAAUAAUGCUCUUAAGCUAUUUGUGCAUUAAAAGAGAUGGGGACCAUAGUGGGCAGUGCAAAUAAAAUGGAAUGUGUUUAUACA